AUGAUUCAGAGGUUCCCAGCGCUCAGCCUGGAAGCCGGGAAUCCCAGUAGAGGAUCCUCUCCAGACAAUCCAGCUGCACAGAAUGGAGACGUCCUGGUGAAGAUGAAGGUGGAAGGCAUGACCUGCCAUUCCUGUACCAGUACCAUCGAAGGCAAAAUCGGGAAGCUUCAUGGAGUGCAACGCAUCAAAGUGUCCCUGGAAGGCCAGGAGGCUCACAUCCUCUACGAGCCGCACCUCAUCACACCCACAGAGAUCAGGAGCCAAAUAGAAAAAGCGGGUUUUUCAGCAUCAAUUAAGAGCAAGCCGCCCUCAAAACUGGGAACGAUUGAUGUUGGUCGAUUGACAAACGGUACUGAGGACGUGUCACUGCCAAGACCAAAGCUACCUACUGACCUAACAAGAGCUGUCUCUUCCAAGUAGAUGGCAUGCACUGCAAAUCAUGUGUUCUGAACAUUGAAAGUAACAUGGCCUCCCAUGCCGGGGUGUCCAAUGUUGAGGUGUCAUUGGAGAGGAAAUCCGCAGUCAUCAAUUAUAACCCGAAUGUCACCAAUUCCGAGGCACUGUGCCGAGAUAUCCAAGCUUUGUCUCCAGGGACAUUUAAGGUGAGCCUUUGUAAUGGCCUGGAAUGUAUCCCGCCACCCAACUCCCAGAGAAUAUCCGGAGCCACGUCUCUAGAGAAAACUCCUUCCAAAAGGACCAAUCAGGAGAGUCCAUCCAACAUCACCGUCAUCAAUAUUCAAGGCAUGACCUGCAAUUCUUGUGUCCAGUCUAUAGAAGGUUUCAUCUCUCAGAAGCCUGGCGUGAGAUCCAUCCAGGUAUCACUGGGAGACGGUACCGGGACGGUGGAGUAUGACCCCAGUGUGACCAACCAGGAGACCAUCCGAGCUGCUAUCCAUGACAUGGGGUUUGAUGCCUCUCUAGCGAAGGAAUGACAACUGUCAUCUCAUUGGAACCCCCCCAGAAAUCUCAGCGCCAUUCUUCUCCAGAGACGCCCAUCAACAGCAAGCAGGAGAGCAGCACAAUCAGCAAGUGUUUUAUCCAGGUCUCCGGAAUGACGUGCGCCUCCUGUGUCGCCAACAUUGAGCGGAAUCUCCGCAGGGAGGACGGAAUACACUCGGUCCUGGUGGCUCUGAUGGCAGGAAAGGCGGAGGUGAGGUAUAACCCGGUGCUCAUACAACCCUCGGCCAUUGCUGAGCACAUUCAGGAGCUGGGAUUUGAAGCCUUGGUGUUAGAGAACUGUGAUGAAGGGGACGGCGUAUUGGAACUGGUGGUCCGCGGGAUGACGUGUGCCUCCUGCGUCCAUAAGAUCGAAUCCUGUCUGAUGAAGACCAAGGGGGUUCUGUACAGCUCCGUUGCACUUGCAACCAAUAAAGCCCACAUUAAAUAUGAUCCGGAGACGAUCGGGCCCCGGGAUCUCAUGACCAUUAUUAAUGCUUUGGGAUUCACUACGUCUUUGGUUAAAAAAGAUCGAUCUGCAAGCCACCUGGAUCACAGGAUGGAGAUACAGAGGUGGAAGCGAUCGUUUCUGAUCAGUUUAAUCUUCUGUAUUCCUGUGAUGGGAUUAAUGAUCUACAUGAUGUUCAUGGACAGCCAUCAGAUGAUGCCUCAUCACCACAACGUGAGUAUGGAUGACAUCACCACCUACCACCCCACCAUGGUGCUGGAGUAUCAGAUCCUACCCGGCCUCUCCAUCAUGAACCUGCUCUCCCUCCUGCUGUGUAUACCUGUCCAGUUUUUAGGCGGCUGGUAUUUCUACAUUCAAGCAUACAAAGCUCUGAAGCAUAGAACCGCCAAUAUGGACGUCCUGAUAGUCCUGGCCACCUCCAUCGCUUUCAUCUAUUCUCUGGUUAUUCUUCUGGUGGCAAUGUAUGAGAAAGCCAUCGUCAACCCAAUCACCUUCUUCGACACGCCGCCGAUGCUCUUCGUCUUCAUUGCUCUGGGACGAUGGCUGGAACAUAUCGCCAAGAGUAAAACCUCGGAAGCUCUGUCACGUCUGAUCUCCCUGCAAGCCACGGAGGCCACAAUCGUCACGUUGGGACCCGACAACUCUAUUGUCAGCGAAGUGGCGGUGGACGUGGAGUUGGUGCAGCGAGGAGAUAUUGUGAAGGUGACCCCCGGUGGGAAGUUUCCGGUGGACGGACGGGUGAUUGAAGGUCAUUCUAUGGUGGAUGAGUCUCUGAUCACAGGGGAAGCCAUGCCGGUCACCAAGAAACCAGGAAGCAGCGUCAUUGCCGGAUCCAUCAACCAGAACGGCUCCCUACUGAUCUCCGCCACUCACGUCGGCUCUGACACCACCCUCUCCCAGAUCGUCAAACUGGUGGAAGAGGCCCAGACGUCCAAGGCUCCCAUCCAGCAAUUUGCCGAUAAGCUGAGCGGGUAUUUCGUCCCGUUCAUCGUCCUGGUGUCGGUCCUCACACUGCUUUCCUGGAUUAUUAUUGGAUAUCACAACUUUGAGAUUGUAGAGCAAUAUUUUCCGGGUUACAACAAAAGCAUUUCACAAGGAGAAGUCAUCAUCCGCUUCGCCUUCCAAGCUGCCAUCACCGUUUUAUGCAUCGCCUGCCCCUGCUCUCUGGGCCUGGCAACCCCAACAGCCGUCAUGGUUGGGACUGGAGUUGGCGCUCAGAACGGCAUCCUGAUUAAAGGUGGAGAACCUCUGGAGAUGGCGCACAAGGUGAGGACGGUGGUGUUCGAUAAGACCGGGACGAUCACUCAUGGAUCUCCAGUCGUCAUGCAGCUGAAGGUGUUGGUGGAAAGCAACAGGAUGCCAACUAAUAAGCUGCUGGCCAUUGUGGGAACUGCAGAGAGCAACAGUGAGCAUCCUCUUGGCUCAGCCGUCACCAAGUAUUGUAAAGAGGUCCUCAAUGUGGAGACACUGGGUACCUGUUCGGAAUUUCAGGCUGUGCCUGGAUGUGGGGUCAGCUGCAAAGUCAGUAAUAUUGACCAACUGCUGAGAAGCACCAACCAGACAACCAGCAAGAACAACAAAAAUGCCUUGUUAGUCCAAAUCGAUGGAUUGCAGGAGGACUCCAACUUUUACCCCUUCAUAGAGCCCCAGUCUACAUCUUCCUCCAUGUCUUCAGUGUACUCGGUGCUGAUUGGGAACCGUGAAUGGAUGAACCGGAACUUCCUGACCAUGAAGAGUGACACUGAUCUUCUGAUGACUGAACACGAGAAGAAAGGCCGCACUGCUGUCCUGGUGGCAGUUGAUGGGGUUCUCUGUGGGUUAAUUGCCAUCGCAGACGCUGUAAAGCCCGAGGCAGCGUUGGCUGUUCAUACUCUUCGAACGAUGGGCCUGGAUGUGGUCCUCAUGACUGGAGACAACAGUAAGACUGCGAAAACCAUCGCCGCCCAGGUCGGAAUCACCAAAGUCUUUGCGGAGGUCCUCCCGUCUCAUAAAGUAGCCAAGGUGAAGCAGCUCCAGGACCAGGGGAUGAGGGUGGCCAUGGUGGGAGAUGGGAUUAAUGACUCCCCCGCUCUGGCCAUGGCUAAUGUAGGGAUUGCUAUCGGGACCGGCACCGAUGUGGCCAUUGAAGCGGCAGAUGUGGUUCUGAUCAGGAACGAUCUGUUGGACGUGGUGGCCAGCAUAGACUUAUCACGGAAGACCGUGAAGAGAAUCCGGAUAAACUUUGUCUUCGCUCUCAUCUACAACCUGGUUGGCAUUCCAAUAGCUGCAGGGGUCUUCAUGCCGGUGGGUUUGAUUCUACAGCCCUGGAUGGGAUCAGCAGCAAUGGCAGCUUCCUCCGUCUCUGUCGUCUUCUCCUCUUUGCUGCUGAAGCUGUAUCGGAAGCCAAGUCGGGAGAAGCUGGAGGUCCAGGCCGGAGGUCAGCUGAGGCAGAAGUCAUUGUCAGAGAUCAGUGUUCACAUCGGGAUCUCGGAGAAUCGGAGGAGCUCCCCGAAACUUAGCCUGUUAGACCGCUUUGUGAACUACAGCCGCGCGUCUCUGAACUCCUUCCUGUCCGACAAACAUUCCCAACAGAACGUUCCGCUCAAUGAGCCGGACAAACACACUCUACUCAUGGAGGAGCUGAAAGGGGAGGAGGACACCUUCCUGUGA